GUUUCAUGCUCCAUACAGACAGUCUUCAUUCAAUAGCCAAGCACGACAUAAAUUACAAACUAAAAAAUAUCGUUUUCAGUCUUGUUGUGUUCUUCGUACAAAAACACAUUCUCGUUGCUUAUCUUUGCAAUUUCGUCUGGUCAGAAAUUUUUGUGAAACAGGUGAAUUAGCAGUAUUGUGUGAAUUUGUCUUGGAGUAACAGUCAGAAUCCAUAUUUGAGCAAAAAUGAAUCCAGAAUAUCCAAUUUACGAGUGGGUUAAUAAAGAUUUGUGCACAAAAAUUCUGAAUGCUUAUACUAAAAAUUCCUGCAAAAUUAAUAAUUUGGACAUUCAGUAUGCAACGAAUAAAGGUGAUAACUUCACAAGUGCACUAUUUCGUAUUAAGGUUGCAUACACUAAAGACAGUUCUUCUCAAGAACAACAAUUGCAAUUUAUACUGAAAACACCAAUUGAAGCAGAUGUAAUUGAUACCGUAUCAGCCGAAUUUAAUAUUUUCACGAGAGAAUCCACUAUUUAUGGAUCAAUUUUGGAGAAAUGCUACGAAUUGCUCAAGGAGAAAGGUGAUACAACAAUUUUUGGACCCAGAGCACUUUACGUUGAAGAAAAGUUGCUGGCAAUGGAAGAUUUAACAAUACAAAAUUACUGUCUCCUGGGAAGAGCAAAGAAACUCAAUCAUCAUCAGUGUCACUUGGUAUUGAACAAAGUGGCACGAUGGCACGCAACAACAGCCGUUUUAUUCCAAAAGUCUCCUGAAUUAUUUGAAAAACAUCAUGUACCAAAUUUCUCAGAAGAUACCCAACAUUUGCACCUUAUCUACGGCAAUUUGCUACAAGCCGCCAUGAAACGUAAUCGUGGUGCACCUGAACUCAAGAACUUCUCCAAUAAAUUGGCAGCCUUCACAAGUGAAUUUGUACCAAAAUUAAUGAAAGUUUUUACCCGAGAUGAUAAGAGCUUCACUGUGCUCAACCAUGGUGAUCUGUGGAGCAAUAAUAUGCUUUUCAAACACAAUGAGAAAGAAAAUCGAACGGAUGAUGUUCUUCUGGUGGACUUUCAGGAAGGCUUCUACGGAUCACCGGGUAUCGAUUUAAAUUUCUUCCUCUAUACCUCUGUAGAAAUUGAUUUACUCUUAAACAACUAUGACGAUCUUCUUGCACAUUACCAUGACGAAUUGCAGAAAACACUAAAACUAUUGGGAUACAUUGGAAAGCUACCAACUCUGUCAGAUAUUCAAAAUGAAGUUGUCAGUAAAGGAGAUCAUGGUUUAAUGACCCUGUUGGGAAUGGUUCCAGUAUUGACAACACCACAUAAACAAUAUGCUGAAGCCUCAUACUACUUCGAAGACACUGAAGAAAAUCUAAAAGCCAGAGAUUUAGUUUUCGAUGAUCAGCAACAUGUAGAAAAUCUGGCAAAAUUACUACCAAGAUUUGUCAAAAGUGGAAUUUUAUACAAAGGUUUAAGCAAAAUGAUUUCAGUUCCUCCUUGGAUGGAUUAUAAUUUAUUUGAAGACAUUUUAUCAAAAGUGCUAAAGGAAGACAAAAACAUUGAGGGCAAAGAAGUGAUUGUUUCGAUUCCGAAUGAAGAAUCUCCAACUGAAGGUGUCUAUCGUUCACGUAUUGUUUAUACGAAUAGCAAAAAAGAAGAAAAAUCAAUUUCAGUGAUCAUCAAGAGGCUUUCACCUGACAAAGUUGAGGCUCAGGAGAGUUCCCUUGUUGUUAGACAUUCCAAAUCUAUGUCCGUAGAAGUUGACAUGCAUUUGAAUAUCCUACCAAUUAUGCAUCGACUUUUAGAAGUGUCUGGCAUAGAGUCUAGGCUGGCACCAAAUCUUUACAGAAACAUCAACACUCCAUGUGAUGUAUUGAUUAUGGAGGAUAUGGUUGAAAGUGGAUAUGAAACUGUUACAAAACGCUUUGAUGUCAACAAUACCGAAAUGAUUCUUCGGCAAUUAGCCCACUUUCACGCAACAUCUUAUUUUAUGGCAGUCGAGGAAAAGAAGGAUUUCUCAAAAUUUCGCUAUGGAGUAUUUAACUUUGGUAGUCAGGGUGUAAAAUUCUUCACAGAAGGUCUAACACAUUUUAUCAAGGAAGCCCUAAAGUGGCCCGAAUUGAAGGUGCAUUGUGAUAAAAUUCGAGGAUUAGAAGCUCGAUUUAUGGACGCCAGAAGUUAUCUCUACAAAACAGACUCUGACUACAACGUUCUCAAUCAUGGUGACUUUCACAUGCGGAAUUUUAUGUGCAAAAUCGUUGAUAAUUCCAUCAAGCAUAUCAUAAUGCAUGACUUUCAAACAAAUGUUUGGUGCUCACCGGCACUUGAUUUAAUUUACACCUUCUACCUGAUAGCAGACAGCGAAACUAAUCAAAAUUGUCGCGCGAGAAUGCUCAGUUGCUAUCACAGAACCUUCGUCACAACCCUUAAACGUAUGGGAUUUAUGGGACAAAUACCAUCUUUGCUUGAUCUCAAUGUGGAACUCCUACGAAAUGGAUUUAUUGAAAUUUUUGUAUCAAUUAGUUUCCUUCCCUAUCAGUUCAUCCCUUUUGCCAGUGAGAGACUUCAAGAGAGAAUUGCUCAGCAAGACACAGCAACUGCCAGAUCCCUACUCUAUACCAUUCCAGAAUAUCAAAGGGUUAUGAAGAGAUUAUUUGCAGAUUUUAUUCUAAAAGGAUUUCUUGAUGCAUAACCAUUGCAAAAAAAAAUUAAAAAUAUAAGAAUUCUUUUUUUUAUGUACUG